AUGAUGAGUGUUAGACUGACAUCUCCGGAUAAGGCUAGUUGUCCAAUGGUUGUCAUGAAACCGGAUUUUUUCCAAGAAAACUGUUUUUUUGCCGCCAUCGGUGAUCGUUCAGAAGGCGUGGAGAGAGUAGAAGGGAUCAUUCGUGAUUUUAUGCAUACCAAUGAUCCCCCGGUCCCCGCGAAAGAGUUCUGGAGAAGCAACGUCGUGACCCUGUUUUUCAGCAAUGUUUUGGGACAUUGGGUUCGCGGUUGGGUCACGAAGAUUUCAGAAGAGCUUAAGCAGGCUGAAGUUUUGUUGGUCGACUAUGGCAUGCACCAAAUCAUAAGCAUGAGUCAAAUGCGAGCUUUGCCAAGAAAACUUCUGGAAAUCCCCAUGCUUGCAUUUAGUCUUCAAAUGGUGACUGAAGAAACUAUGAGAACAGCUCCAGCAAAACUGGAUGAACUACUGCAACCAACAUUGGAAGAAUGGUUGCAAAAUAGCAUGAUUGAAUCACGUUUCAGCCACAGGCUAUUGACAGUGAAUAAAACACUGGUGAAUGAGCUUCUCAACAAAGUUGAUUCUGGAAAAUCUUGCAAAGAUGCCUACAAGAAUGCGUUGAAAUGCGCCAUGAAAUUGCAAGCAGUUGAUGCAGAUGUCACUCCUGGUAGCACGGAAAACGUGCUUCUGUCAUGGACCAAUAAGGUUCCGUCCUUUUACCUCCGGAUUUGUUCCAAACUCGAUUCACUCUCAGAGUUCACCAAAGCCUUGGGGGCAGAAAACUUGAGCGAAAUCGGAACACCUGUAAUUGGAAAAGAUAUUUCAGUCGGAAUGCUGUUUGCUGCCUCGUUUGAAGGCUGUUGGUAUCGCGUGCAAAUUUUGGAUCUCAAGGCCUCUUGCGCUAACGUGUUCCUCAUUGAUUACGGGGAAGAGAGGAACAUUCAGAUCACGGAUUUGAGGGUUUUACCGGAACCUUAUGUCAAAUUUCCAAUGCAGGCAAUCCGCGGGGUUCUCUACGGGGUUCUCUGCGACCCACGGAAAUUCAAGACCAGUCCACAGGAAUACGUGCUCAAGAAAUUUCCCGAGGCGUUGUUCAAGGCCACUUUUUUGUCGCGGAAUUUCGACGGCAGUUGGUGCGUUGAUUUGGUUGGAAUCAGAAACCGGGAAUCUCUGGUGCAAGUGCUUUGCAGAGACGAAAUCGCUUUCCGCGCAACCCCGCGACCCGUGAGAAAACCCUUGGGCGGAAUGUUGUCCGAACGAGAAAUUUCUCAAUUGAAGAAGCAUUUGCCAGAGACCAAUAAUAACAAUGUUUCAGAUCGAGUCAAGAGUUCGAAAAAGCUACCCGAAGCACGUUCACACGCCAUGUGCAAAUUGAAUCGGGUUAUUCCUGACGAGAAGAAUCCUAUCGCGAAAAAAUUGCAGUUGCAGAAAAGCACCAGCAUGUCAAAUCUGCCCACUAAAUCGACACAAAAGGUCGUCCAAAAGAAAGUCGUCAAACCUGAUUCCAAUCAAGAAAACAGGACUCCGUCAUCCGCAAAUAUUCCCAAUAGUGCAAAAACGAGUACUGAAAUCAAGAUCAAGCCAGUCGUAUUGUCUAAACCAGCCAAUUCUGCUCAGUUUCGUCGCCCAAAUGGUCUCGUGAAAACCGCAGUCAACAAUUCGCACGCGUCGAAAAUUGAGAAACAAGCUGUGCGCUUUGUAGCACCUCAACGAGAAAUGUCAACCGCAAAAAGUCUCGCAAAAUCGGAUGCGUCAGUAGCUGCUGUUUUAAUUCCACUGUGCGAAUCCGGAGAGAAGGUUAUUACGGAGUUGUUCGAGGACUUCGGUGCUGAACCAAAUUUUGCAACUGCAUUUCCAUGUUCCACACCUGCACCUUCGCCAGUGAGAAUGAGCAUCAUCUCAAGGCGAGAAAGCCUAGAAAAUGGCGGCGAGGAAGAUGGCCAUUUUGAAGUUUUAUCAAAGAGCGCUUUUGAAUCAUCAGUUGGAUUCAAUAAAAUGGACGAGUUUGAUUAUUUGGAAACUGGAGAACUUCAAGAACAA